GUGAUUACAGAAUCACCCCAGUGACAUGUUGCCCAGUUCACCAGAAUGAAGGACUGAGUCUUCCAUGUGGUGAUCUUCUGAAAAUUGCUCAGUGAGCACCCCUAAUUUUGCUGAUUUAUUGCUGAUAAUCACUCACAAUGGAAACCAAUCAAAAAUGCGGGGAUGGACUGACUGGCACGCAGAAAGAGGCUGCACUGCGCACUCUCAUCCAGCGCACAGGAUAUCAAUUACACCAGGAAAAUGGCCAGAGAAGAUAUGGAGGUCCACCACCUGAUUGGGAAGGCCCACCACCAGAAAGGGGCAGUGAGAUCUUUGUGGGCAAAUUACCUCGAGACCUCUUUGAAGAUGAGCUGGUACCUCUUUGUGAAAAAUUUGGCAAAAUAUAUGAAGUACGGAUGAUGAUGGAUUUUAACGGGAACAACCGAGGUUACGCUUUUGUCACCUUCGGUACAAAACAAGAAGCCAAGAACGCCAUGAAGCAACUCAAUAAUUAUGAAAUUAGGAACGGUCGUCUCCUGGGUGUCUGUGCAAGCGUGGACAAUUGCCGCCUAUUUGUGGGAGGUAUCCCCAAAACCAAGAAGAAAGAAGAGAUCCUGGCUGAAAUGAAGAAGGUGACGGAUGGUGUGGUGGAGGUGAUCGUUUAUCCCAGUGCCGCCGACAAGAGCAAGAACAGAGGCUUUGCUUUUGUGGAGUACGAAAGCCAUCGUGCUGCAGCCAUGGCCAGGAGGAAACUCCUACCAGGCCGGAUCCAGCUGUGGGGUCAUGCCAUCGCUGUGGACUGGGCAGAACCAGAAGUGGAAGUGGAUGAAGACACAAUGUCCACUGUAAAGAUCCUGUACAUCAGAAACCUGAUGCUGGCUACAACAGAAGAGACCAUUGAGAAGGAGUUCAAUGCCAUCAAACCUGGUUCAGUGGAGAGGGUGAAGAAGAUCAGGGACUAUGCUUUUGUACACUUCUCUCAGAGAGAAGACGCCAUUGCAGCUAUGAAUGCAUUAAACGGAAAGGUGAUUGAUGGCUCCCCUAUAGAAGUGACGCUGGCUAAGCCCGUGGAUAAGGACAGUUAUGUGCGUUACACUCGUGGCACAGGGGGACGAGGGACGGCCCUGCUGCAGGGUGAAUACGCCUACACACUGGGUCAGAUGUAUGACCCCUCAGCUGCCUACCUGGGUGCCCCAGUGUUUUAUGCACCUCAUGCUUACGCAGCUUUGCCCAGUCAGUUCCGCUUCCCCACUGCUAAAGGUCACGUGAGCGCUCGGGGUCUGGUGCGUCCACCCUCUGUCAGAGAAAUUUACAUGAAUAUGCCUGUAGGGGCGGCAGGUGUGCGGGGGCUGGGCGGUCGAGGCUACCUCGCCUAUGCGGGUGUGGGCCGUGGCUGCCCCACAUAUCAGCUAAAGUCUGACAAACACCCUGAGGACAAACUCUACGACCUCCUCCCGGGCAUGGAGCUCACACCCAUGAACCCUGUUACCCUGAAGCCACAGGGAAUCAAACAUGCUCCACAGAUCUUGGAGGAUAUUUGUCAGAAGAAUAACUGGGGUCAGCCAGUGUACCAGCUUCACUCUGCCAUUGGACCAGAUCAGAGGCAACUCUUCCUUUACAAAAUCACCAUCCCUGCUCUGGCCACUCAGUACCCUAAUAUACAUCCAUUCACCCCAGCUAAACUGUGUGCAGCAGUAGAUGAAGCCAAAGUCCACGCAGCCGAGCACACACUUCAGACUCUCGGUUUACACACAGAGGGCGCCGAUACUUCUGCUGCUGCCGCCGCCGCCGCCGCCGCUGCUGCUGCUGCUACUGCUGCUGUGGCAUUCCCAGGUUAUGCAAUCGCCAACACCGCUGGCACUGUGGGUGCUUCUCAGCUCAAACAAACUCUGUCUCUGGGGCAGGACCUGGCAGCCUAUGCCACCUACGAGGGCUAUCCAGCGUUCGCCGUCACUGCCCGUGGAGAUGCUUAUGGCGUAUUCUAAAAACCCAGAAGUAGCAUAGUGUCUGAGGCGACCAUUCAUAUCUGGAAUAUCCAUUCUCUAUGAAUGAAUGAAUGAGUUUUGUCUUUAGUUGAAGAGAGGUGAAUGCUAAUGUUGCUUGAAUGUUGUCCAGUUCACCUUUUGUUAUAAAGAACGCAAGUCAGGUUCUGUCUUAAAAUAUAUUUUAUAUAAAUUAUCUAGGAGAAAUAAGUCAUUAAAAUGUUUUUAAAAGAGACAAGGUUGUAAAACUUGAACCUUUUAUGGAAUUUCAACCGAGGUCUUUUAGGGUUAUUAAAACUGCCUUUAAAUGUACAGUUGUACAAACACACUGCUUCAUUGUUAAGGAUGUCAUAUUGCCAUAUAGCUUUGACAUAGAUUUCUUUCUAUUUAAGUUUUGUGCUAUUUGUGCAAGUGUUUCCGUAGUUACUUUUAAUUAAAAAAAUAUCUACAAGUAAAUAUAACAAAAACCUAUACAUACACUUUCAUAUUGUUAUGCAUUUUGUCGGUUCUGUUUUCUAUUUUAAAACUUGUCAUUAGAUUCGUCUUUUUUUUUUGCGUCAUAUGUUUUUGGUUUCUCUGUGCUAUGACAUUUAUAAUAAUGUUUCCGAGCUUGCUACCUACUAAAACCUUUAAAAAUCCCGCCUCAUCUUUUGUCGGAUGAAGAAUGUGACAUUGUGUCAGAUACCUAGAUGCCUGAACAGUGACAGUAUUAAAGUGUGUUUAGCACUUAGAACUUAUUUUUAUACCUGAAUUCCAACGCUAUUUGUAAGACGUUGUUUUGGGAUAUUGAAAAUCAUCUGUCUCAAUGACUGGCAUAAGAACUAGAGAGGAAAUCAGAAGAGGGCCACGGGGAUGUUUUAGAAAUUCCAAACAUCUCUGUGGUGUGUAAUGAGAGGGAGAAAUGGAAUAAUUUGGAUGUGUUGACUGGCUAUUAAUAAAUUCUGUUCAAUUCUGUGA